AUGCCCUCCAAACUCACUGCCGUUUCGGCCCUCCUCGCCGCCGCGGCGUUGUUGUACCAGUUUUUCCUAAAGGACUUCCUCUUCGCCACACUCGGCUUGGGCCGCACCGUCCUUUCUGUGUCCGAAUUCCCGUACAGCUGCCACCGCAUCCACGGCGAUCCGAACAUCCAGGCAUGCGAGGACAUGUGGCUGGAUGAGAAGUCUCGGACGCUCUUUCUCGCGUGUUCGGACCCAGUGGCUAGGAAACACUGGAUGCCAAAUAUACACCGCCUAAACGCGUCGGGUCGAGCAUUGCACGACCAUGUGGUUGCCUUGAACAUUGAUAACCCGUCAAGCGAAGGGGGAUUCACUUACCGUGUGCUCCAGACACCAGGGUUCUCGGGUGUCCAUGGCGACGGCCGCAUCCAUGUCGUGGGUCUCACUGGAAGCAGUUCCGCUUCUACUUCCGCAGAUGCAAACGGCUUGGAGAUCCAGUUGUGGCUAAUCAACGCGCGGCCUUCGGUUGAUCCCCUGACAGGGGAGUUGCUGGACAAUACGGUUGUGGGAGGAAAUUCUACUAUCGAGCUAUUCACGACUGAGCCGGACACCGAUAGCAUGAAACACAUCAAGACGUUCGCGGACCCCCACAUCGCGACGCCAAAUAACGUCGCCCUGGCCGAGGGUGGCGGGUUCUUCUUCACCAAUGAUCAUGGGCUGCACAAGGCUGGCUGGCAACACCAUCUAUCCACUAUCCUGGCUACUGGCGACGUCUCUUACUGUUCGGCCAGUGGAGACUGCAAGCAAGUGGCUUCAGGGUUCAAGUUCCCCAACGGUCUCCUUCUGGGUUCUGAUGGGCUGCUGUACGUUCCCAGUGCUGCCGUCGGGGGUAUCACCGUGUUCCAACCCGGCUUGAAUGGUUCAGUGAAGAAGGUUCACCAUAUUGAUCUCAACUACCCCAUUGACAAUCUCUCCGAGGACGCAAAUGGCGAUAUCUUCGCAGCGGCCAUGCCGAAGGUGCUUCAGGGAAUGGCUGCUUUUAACGAUCCGUUGAAUGCGCCCACCGCUCCUGCAACCGUUUGGCGGGUGAGGAGGCUGAACAGGGACGUCACAGACAAAUAUGAUUAUGAACUUGUGAAAGUCAUUGAGGAUGGCGCCGGUGAGGUGUUGCCCAGCAUGACGACUGUGAUCCAUGAUGCCUUGACGGGGAGAUUGUUCAUGAGUAGUGAGUUCCAUGUGGAAGUUCCAAACCAGUGCGAGUGGCUCUAA